AUGAAUGUUCAAAAUAGCAGAGAUAAUUUGAAGGUUGGAGGGUUGAAGCAACCAAAAUCGAGAAAUCCAUCGAUUCAGCAACCAAAAUCGAGAAAUCCAUCGAAUCAACAACCAAAAUCGAGAAAUCCAUCGAAUCAACAACCAAAAUCGAGAAAUCCAUCGAUUCAGCAACCAAAAUCGAGAAAUCCAUCGAAUCAACAACCAAAAUUGAGAAAUCCAUCGAUUCAGCAACCAAAAUCGAGAAAUCCAUCGAUUCAACAACCAAAAUCGAGAAAUCCAUCGAUUCAGCAACCAAAAUCGAGAAAUCCAUCGAUUCAGCAACCAAAAUCGAGAAAUCCAUCGAUUCAGCAACCAAAAUCGAGAAAUCCAUCGAAUCAACAACCAAAAUCGAGAAAUCCAUCGAAUCAACAACCAAAAUCGAGAAAUCCAUCGAUUCAGCAACCAAAAUCGAGAAAUCCAUCGAAUCAACAACCAAAAUCGAGAAAUCCAUCGAUUCAGCAACCAAAAUCGAGAAAUCCAUCGAAUCAACAACCAAAAUCGAGAAAUCCAUCGAAUCAACAACCAAAAUCGAGAAAUCCAUCGAUUCAGCAACCAAAAUCGAGAAAUCCAUCGAAUCAACAACCAAAAUCGAGAAAUCCAUCGAUUCAGCAACCAAAAUCGAGAAAUCCAUCGAAUCAACAACCAAAAUCGAGAAAUCCAUCGAUUCAGCAACCAAAAUCGAGAAAUCCAUCGAAUCAACAACCAAAAUCGAGAAAUCCAUCGAUUCAGCAACCAAAAUCGAGAAAUCCAUCGAUUCAACAACCAAAAUCGAGAAAUCCAUCGAUUCAGCAACCAAAAUCGAGAAAUCCAUCGAUUCAGCAACCAAAAUCGAGAAAUCCAUCGAUUCAGCAACCAAAAUCGAGAAAUCCAUCGAAUCAACAACCAAAAUCGAGAAAUCCAUCGAUUCAACAACCAAAAUCGAGAAAUCCAUCGAUUCAGCAACCAAAAUCGAGAAAUCCAUCGAUUCAGCAACCAAAAUCGAGAAAUCCAUCGAUUCAGCAACCAAAAUCGAGAAAUCCAUCGAUUCAACAACCAAAAUCGAGAAAUCCAUCGAUUCAGCAACCAAAAUCAAGAAAUCCAUCUAUUCAGCAACCAAAAUCGAGAAAUCCAUCGAUUCAACAACCAAAAUCGAGAAAUCCAUCGAUUCAGCAACCAAAAUCGAGAAAUCCAUCUAUUCAGCAACCAAAAUCGAGAAAUCCAUCGAUUCAGCAACCAAAAUCGAGAAAUCCAUCGAUUCAACAACCAAAAUCGAGAAAUCCAUCUAUUCAGCAACCAAAAUCGAGAAAUCCAUCGAUUCAGCAACCAAAAUCGAGAAAUCCAUCGAUUCAACAACCAAAAUCGAGAAAUCCAUCUAUUCAGCAACCAAAAUCGAGAAAUCCAUCGAUUCAGCAACCAAAAUCGAGAAAUCCAUCGAUUCAGCAACCAAAAUCGAGAAAUCCAUCGAUUCAGCAACCAAAAUCGAGAAAUCCAUCGAUUCAACAACCAAAAUCGAGAAAUCCAUCGAUUCAGCAACCAAAAUCAAGAAAUCCAUCUAUUCAGCAACCAAAAUCGAGAAAUCUAUCGAUUCAACAACCAAAAUCGAGAAAUCCAUCGAUUCAACAACCAAAAUCGAGAAAUCCAUCGAUAAAAUAA